AUGGUAAGGGACUUGGGCGUUGAAGACAAGGAAGCACCUUUUUACGCUGGUCUUUUGGUUUCUGCCUAUGCGGUCGCGGAAGCUCUCACCUCCAUGGGCUGGGGCGCGUUGUCCGACCGUGUCGGGCGGAAGCCCGUGGUGCUUUUCGGGCUUGUGGGUGUGGCCACCUCCAGUUUAAUUUUCGGUCUCGCAAAAACCUACUGGGUCGCACUCUUGGCACGAUUCAUCGGAGGAUCAUUGAACGCCAGGGCGUAUGCCGUGCAGCCGUUCGUCUGGACUCUUGGCGGCAUCAUUGGCUCUGCCAUGGGUGGCUUCCUCGCCCAACCGGCCAAGUUUUACAAAAUCUUUCCCGAGGACGGACUGUUUGGACAGUAUCCCUAUUUGCUGCCGAAUCUCGUCUCCGUCAUUGUCAUCAUAGCCGCCGUUAUCCAGGGAAUCUUCUUCUUGGAGGAGACUCUUCCGCCGAAACAUGACUCGGAGGAGGACUUCACUGAAGCCGUGGCCGAUGACGACUUUAUCGACGAGAGAACCCCACUCCGAAGGGCCCCGCGACGGAGCCUUAACCACCGCCGGUCGAUUUCCACCAGCCACUCGAGGCCGCGUUUCGUGGAGUCGAGUUUGCCUCUCCCGAUUGAGCACGACUUUGAUCUCAGACGUUCAUCUUUUGGAACGGUGCACUCGAUCAAGGUUGUUUCUGACGAAUUGAGGAGCGAUUUGCUGCGCCAGAAUGGCCGCCAGAACGGCCGCGCUCAGCAGCCGCCAAACAACAAGCCCAAAGUCAAGACUUUCAACUUCACCGUUAUCAUGCUCACGAUUACACUGGUCAUUUUCUCGUAUCACCAAAUGGCGGCUGGCUCGCUUCUCCCCACCUAUAUCCUCGAUGAACCCGCGGCGCCUCACGGCCAGCUUGAUCUGAGAGGUGGCCUGGGUUAUGACGUGCAUGACGUUGGAACAUACCUGGCAGUCAAUGGUUUUCUGGGACUUCUCAUUCAGGGUGUCAUUUUCCCGAUUUUCGUCGAGAAGGUCGGCGUUUGGGGCUCCUUCAUCUGGAUGGUUGCGCUCUACCCAACGGCUUACAUCCUGAUGCCGUUCUUGUCGGCGUUCCCCGACGUCGUCACCCAGGCCGGAAUCUACUUUUCUCUGGUGCUGCAGAGUUUCUACGGUAUCAUCGUCGGCCCGGUCACGCUGAUCCUGCUCAAGGACGCGACGCCCUCGCCUCAGGCGCUCGGCAAGGUCAACGGCUUGGCCAUGUCCGGCGCUUGCCUCGCCCGAACGGUUUCUCCGCCUCUUGUUGGUGUUAUUUACAGUUUCGCAGGCUCUGCAGCGGCCUGGUGGAGUUGCUCUGGUAUUGCUUUGAUUGGAGUCUUGCAGGUUCUCUGGGUCCCGAGGAAGCAUAUUCAUAUCGACCAUGUGGAGGUCGACAACGGGCUGGCCCGGCAGCUCACGAACAACUCGCAGAGAGGAGAUGAAAACCGCGGCCGGGUUUGA